UGAAGAAACUGAGGCACAGAGAGGUGAAAUCACUUGCCUAAGGUCACACUGCUGGUACGUAGCAGAGCUGUGUGGCCUGGAUCCGAAACCCACAGCGCCGGUGAGAUGAGCGGCGGGAAGGCCGGUUUUCUUAGUCAACUUAUCAGGCAGGGAAGGAGGGCAGAGUCAUGCAGGAGCCAGUUCAGGUGGUUUGGCCACAGUCCCCAGCUCAGCCUCACCUGCUGCUGACUGCGGACCCCACCCCCCACCGUGGGGAACAACCAACGUCAACAGGAAGAAAACAGACCCGGGAGGUUCUCCUGCCAUGCCUGCCGUGGCCCCACCUGCCCCACAAGUCACCACACCCAACCCUCCCAGCCCAGCGGAUUUGCAAAAGAGAAAACAAAACACACACACAAAUAAUCGCCAACCCCGUGCCUUUCCUGGCAUCCGGUGACUGUUUGGUCAAGAGCUCCCUCCCUCUCUGGGUACCCGCUGGACACUCCUAACCCUCUCCAGCUGCCGCCGGCUCGGGUGGCUGAUCACAGGCUCAGCCCCCCGGCAGGGGCCUCCCACUCCCAGGGAAAGCAGCGAAGGAUCCAAGGGGGCCAGCAGCCGAGAUCUGCCAGCCCUGAGCCCCACCGGCCACCCUCUGCCAGCUCAAAGUCACCUUUGCCACAACUCCUCCGCUGGGCAGCCGGUCAGAGCCAGCCCAAGGCCCCGUCCCUCUCAGCUCCGCAGGAACUAGGAACCACUCCCCACUGGGCAAUCAUUAAUCAGAUUCUUGACAUUCCUCUGCCCCAGGUCGGCUUGGGAACAUGCUCCCCACAGGAGAGGGAGCAGAGGCCCAGGGCUGCCAUCUGGACAUGCAGCUGGCGGGCAAGGUGGUGCUGUCUGCCGCUGCCCUGCUCCUGGCGACCGCAGCCUACAGGCUGUACAAGCCAAGGCCUGCCCAGGCCCCCCUGGGGGGUGGGAACGCCAAGGCUGAGGCCAAGGACGAGGCAGAGGGCUCCAGGCAGCCUGCCAUCCAGGAGGCUGUUUCCGGGGCGCCACAGUGGGGCCUGAGACGCCGGAGGGGAAGCAAGGGGGCCGGAGUAUCGCUGGGCUGCAGCUGGGAGAAUCCGGAGGGUCCCGGAGUCCUGGCGACAGAGGCACCUCCUGCAGACUCAGAAGCCCAAGCCACUGGGAAACCCGAGAGGAAACGUGCUGGUGAGGAACGGGGUGGGCAGUGCAGGGACUCUGGCCUGGCACCUCCUCGGGGCAGUGGCCAGGAAGCCGGAACAGCUGCUGGCGGUAAGCUGCCCUGUCGCGCCCAUUGGUGCAGUGAACCCCAAAGCUCCCUAACUGGCCUUGCUGCAGCGGACGGCAGCGGUGUGAGCGGUGAGCUUGCCCCAUGGCGGGACAGCAGAUCCCAGGAGCAGCUGCGGGCCGGGGAGCAGGAAUCCUCCGACCGGUGCAGGGCGGCCCACACAGAAGGCAAGAGUGACAUGAACAAGAGCUGGGUCUUUACGCGUGUGACAGGGGUCCACAGGGAAGAGGCUGGGGCCCUCCGGGCUGCCUCGGACAUGGGCCUGGCCCUGCGUCAGCAGGAGGGAGCCACCGAGGCCUCCUAUACCUUCUUGUCUGUGGCCCGGGUUCGAGUGGAGGAGAAUUUCAUACCGGAGAAGAUGGAGGGGGCCAGGCCCAGGCUGAAGCGCAAGGUGUACGACUACUGUGUUGAAUCCACCCGUCAGGCCACCUCCAGGGACAGGCUGGCCCCCAGAACAGCAGCCCUGGCGGAGGCUCCACCCCCUGUGUCAGGGCCAGGCCCCCUGGGAGUGGGGGCAGCCUCGGGAGGCCAGGCCGAUGACAGAGUAGGUGGAGUGGGGACAGCCGCCCCCCCCGAGCCUGUGCUGUCACCCUCUGCACAAGGCUUCAGCAGGAAGCAGAGCCUCCUUCAGAUCGUGGAGAACCCGGAGCUCCAGCUGCAGCUCAAAGGCUUUGGGGACCCUGCUCCAUCGUGCCCAGACCAGAGCGCCCUGCCCACCAGCCCCAUGUCCCGGGGUUCUCUUGGGUCCAGCUCAGCUGGAAGCAGCGGGAAGCCCCACCUGCACUUUGUGGCUGGGGCCAAUUUCUUUCACCUCCCACUCAGCCCUGGAUCAGCCCCAGGUGCCCACCUGGAUCUGGGCAAUUGUUAUGAGGUGCUGGCCUUUGCCAAGAAGCAGAGCCUGGAGGCCCUGAAGGAAGCCGCCUACAAGGUGAUGAGUGACAACUACCUCCAGGUCCUGCGCAGCCCAGACAUCUACGGGUGCCUGAGUGGGGCAGAGCGGGAGCUGAUCCUCCAGAGACGGCUCCGGGGCCGCAAGCACCUGGUGGUGGCUGACAUGUGCCCCCAGGAAGACUCCAGCCGCCUCUGCUGCUAUGACGACGAGCGGGAUGUCUGGCACCCGCUGGCCCGUCUGCCCCCUGAGGCUGUGUCCCGGGGCUGUGCCGUCUGUAGCCUCUUCAAUUAUCUCUUCAUCGUGUCCGGUUGCCAGGGGUUUGGGCACCAGCCCUCCAACCGUGUCUUCUGCUACAACCCGCUGACGGGCAUCUGGAGUGAGGUGUGCCCUCUGAACCAGGCCCGCCCUCACUGCCAGCUGGUGGCCCUGGAUGGACACCUGUACGCCAUCGGGGGUGAGUGUCUGAACACGGUGGAACGCUACGACCCUCGCCUGGACCGCUGGACCUUUUCCCCGCCGCUCCCCAGUGACACCUUUGCCCUGGCGCACACAGCCGCGGCGUGUGCCGGAGAGAUCUUCGUCACCGGCGGCUCCCUGCGCUACCUGCUGUUCCGAUUCUCCACCCAGGAGCAGCGCUGGCGGGCCGGCCCCACUGGGGGCGGCAAGGACCGCACAGCCCAGAUGGUGGCGGUCAAAGGCUUUCUCUAUCGCUUUGACCUCAACCGCAGCCUGGGCAUCAGCGUGUACCGCUGCAGCGCCAGCACCCGCCUCUGGUACGAGUGCGCCACAUAUCGGACCCCUUACCCGGACACCUUCCAGUGUGCCGUGGUGGACGACCUCAUCUACUGUGUGGGGCGCCAGCGCACCCUCUGCUUCCUGGCCGACUACGUCUCACCCAGGUUUGUGCCCGAGGAGCUACAGAGCUUCCCCUCCCCGCAGGGCACCCUCCUGCCCACCGUCCUGACCUUGCCCGGCCCUGAUGUGCCCCAGACCAGGGUCUAGUGGCCCCUCUGCUGGGCCCCUUCUGCAAAACUAGAGGCAAAAACAUCCCCUACCCAUCCUCCAUGGACCAUUUCUGGGAGAUCAGGUGGCCUGGGAAUCUGGCCAGCAGGAGGUGAAUUCCAGUCCUUUCUCCUCCACUGGAUGGACUUCUUAGCUGCAUCUUUGCCCCCGUUGGGCUGCAGAAGCCCAGUGUGGAAAUGGAACUCGGGACUGGUGCUCUGAGGCCCAGGAUGCCCAUGUCCGCAGGGAUGGCCAUCACCUUGCUUGAGCUUUGAAUGGGGGACAGGUACCAGGACCCCAGCCAAGUUCAGGGGCACAGCCUUAUCCCAAUCCUGGUUCCGAGGGCCAGUUGACCCCCAAUGACCCCUCAAGCUGACCCUGCUGGUUCUGGGCUAGACCUCCAUAAGCCACCAGGGCCUCUUCCUAAACAUUGGCCACUGAGCCCCAACCUCCAAGAUUCCCAGGAGCACCUGGGACACACAGGUGGGGAAAAUGAAGGGAGGCGGCUCCAGCAGGACCAGGAAGGGGCCCAGGAGAGCCCCAGGGGGCCCGGCCAGAGGGAGAGAUGGCUGGAGAAGCAGAACAGCUGAAGUUGGAACAGCCCACGGGAGCUCUUGUCUGCAGAAUAAAUUGACCAAAGCCCAC